CUCCUCUUAGCCCCUCGGCAGCCUCUUUCCCCGCCAACAGACCCCAACAAACCGCGCGUUAUUCAACAUGGAAGACCCAUUCAGCCAAUACAUCAAAAUACCAGAACCACAUCGACGCCCCAACGCCCCGAUCAUCACCAUCUCGCUCCGCGCCGCAGACCCCCGAUACGUGCUUAACCCCACUAGUCUAGGCGUCCGCAUACACACUCACCGGGCCUCAGAUCAAAAGAGCAGCAAGGAGCAAGACCAACCCUGUAUCCUAGAUUGGACCGGCGUGGAGGCCGGGUUGCUCUUGUUCCGGCACCUGCCAACGGGGAAAUAUGAGCCGGUGACGUUCGAGCACAUCGACUCAAGCACAAAGCCUCAACCCCCGCAUCAUCUCUUGGGAUUCUCACAGCUCAACAUCCCGGAUCGAUGGGUGCUUGCGCCUGGGAACACCACCGCCCCGGUGCAUCCGCGCAUAGAACGGCACGCGUACCAUGGACUACAACCGGGCGAGCGGUACGAGAUUCUAUGGCCCGGCGCUGAAAUCCCUCGCUGGGCUUUGAGGGAUGUGAGAGAAGCAACAGCCCCGGAGCCCAAGGCAGUCCCCCUCGUGGUUCCCGGCGGGGCUCGAUGCUCGUUCAUGUUGGAGGGGGAGAGGGAGCCGGCACCGAUGCCGCGGGCAUGGAGCCCGCCACCACUGGAGCAGACGGAUCGAGUUCCUGGAGCCCCAGUUCUCACCGUUGAGCUGAAAGCUACGACCUCGCACUGGAACCCAAGGAAGUAUUUCCCCAUAACGUGGACGAUCACGUAUCACGGCACCGCCGGGAGAGAAGAUGAUCCCCCCGACAACCCCCGGCCCAUCACCUUCCGCGCCUACAAUUUCCGUACUUACGGAACCUUUCGCGCGUAUCGCCAGCGCUACGAGGAUGGAGAAUGGGAGUCCUACGACGAAGACGGAGGUUACACGUUUCCCAGUGGACCCGACGAUCCCCAUCAAGUCAACGUGGGCAAGGAGAGAGAAAAGGCCGGCUUCAUCAGCCUGCGGCCGGGGCAGACGUACUCGAGGUCGGUGCAUCUCUACUCGCAAGACGAUCUGCCGCGCCAUCCGGCGACUGGAGAGAUCCUGCGCUAUCGGUUCAAGGGCUGUGUUCUGGACUGGUGGGACUGGGGGACGCUGGAUAAUCAUGUUGAUACGGUGGUGACCGUGCCUGGGUUCCUGGGCGGGGAGGUUCUUGAGCCGAGUGAUAAUGGGGGCCGGGCGAGGGCGGUUGUGCCUGCUUCGAACCUGGUCGAGCUUACUGUUGUUUGA